UUUCCAAACCAGGGCGUGGCUCACCCUGCCCCUUCCGUUCCCAGGAGGUUCUGCUGCGGGAAGGGGACGACGUGCUCCACACCCACCAGCUGCAUCUGGUGGACCUGCGGGCCUCCUGGACCACCACCAACCGGGACAUCGCCUUUGGCCUCUACGACGGCUACAAGAAGUCGGCGGUGCUGAAGCGCAACCUCUCCACCGAGGCCCUGAGGGGCUUGAGGAUCGGGCCCCAGCUGCCCACCAAGAAGCCCAGGCGAGGCCCUCCCCCCGGCCACCAGCCCCCCCUGCGGGUCAUCGUGCCGGCAAGCAGCAGCCGGACGGAGCGAAGCCCCUCCGGAGGGGCCUCCAUGUUGCAGAAGCUGAUUGAGGAGACAGACAAGUUUGUGGUUUUCACCGAGGAGGAGUCCGGGGUCAGCGAGCAGCUGUGCGGGAUCGCAGCCUGUCAGACCGAUGACAUCUUCAACCGCAACUGCCUGAUUGAGCUCGUCAAUUGCCAGAUGGUUCUCCGCGGGGCCGAGACGGAGGGCUGCGUGAUUGUCUCGGCCUCCAAAGCCCAGCUGCUCCAGUGCCAGCACCACCCAGCCUGGUACGGGGACACCCUCAAGCAGAAGACCUCCUGGACGUGCCUGCUGGACGGCAUGCAGUACUUCGCCACCACCGAGAGCAGCCCCUCCGAGCGGGAGGACGUCCAGCUCUGGCUGGAGGUCAAGAACAUCGAGGAGCAUCCGCAGCGCAGCCUGGACUCCGUGCAGGAGCUGAUGGAGAGCGGGCAAGCGGUGGGCGGCAUGGUCAGCACCACCACAGAUUGGAACCAGCCGCACGAGGUGCAGCCGACGCAGCAGGUCCAGCGCAUCAUUUCGCGCUGCAGCUGCCGCAUGUACUACAUCAGCUACAGCCACGACAUCGACCCCGAGUUGGCCACCCAGAUCAAACCACCGGAGCUGCCGGCCAACCCGGAGAAAGACGAUCUUCUCAAGAAGCAGGAAGGGGCCGUGGACACCUUCACCCUGAUCCACCACGACCUGGAGAUCUCCACCAACCCGGCCCAGUACGCCAUGAUCCUCGACAUUGUCAACAACCUCCUGCUGCACGUGGAGCCCAAGCGGAAGGUGCCGGGGGGGCGGGGCGGA